AUGCCCCCUACUCUACGACGAUCUGCAGUCCCUGACCCUCAGCAACCUUUUCGGCAGCAAUUCAUCAACCCGAAGGGCAGUCCUGGCUCUUCAUCACGGCUACGGGGUUGUGGCCCCGUGAACGGUCACCUCUCCGAAGCCUCGCUGGCUCCGGACCUUCAGACGCACUUUCCCUCUCGAUCGGCCGGAAGAGGAGCGCCCAGUGAUGACGGCGAGCGUCUCUGUUUCUACAACAGUCGACCAAGACAGUCACAUCGGUCGGAUCAGCUUCUCGAGGCAUGGCCUAACGGUCCGAAAGGGGCAGAUGAGUCUUGGCCAGGAGGCGGAAUGCCUCGGUAUGGGAGUAGAUCGCGGGGCGGAAGAGGUGAGGGUUGUCUGGUGGCUUGGCCACAGGGGAUCGGUCGGAAGAAAAGGGGUGUAGAGGAGGAGGAGGGGGAGGGUGGGGAUGAGGAGGAGGAGGAGAGAAGAGUUGAAGAUGACGAUGAGGGAGAGGUAGAGAGGGAGGCCUGGCGACUGGCCUCUAGAGGCUACUUCUCUGGAACCCCAGAAAUGUCCGAUUUGGAGGAGCAUUUGGGCGUUCGUCUGGACCGCCACCUUCCGGGCGAGAUGUACGUCUACUCGUCAGAGGUUCGGCUACCAGCAGCGGAGCGGUUCAGCGCUCGGCCUGGCCGGUCGCCUCUGACCCGACAGCAUCGUCGCGCAGGUCUUCGGCAGUCUCUGCAUCACGUCGAGACAGCACAUCGCAGAACUCGAACUUCCAACGGCCGCCAGGUAUGGCCAUUCGACACUUCGGAGGCUGAGUUAACCGAAUGGCAGAGUGAUGAUGCCGGUGCGUUUGAACGGGCUUUUCAACAAUCCAGAGGCCUUGAAAAUGGGCAGACCUAUUGCCGAGGCCCAGAGCAGAGAUUGGAGGAUGCGCGGAGGUCGGAGUUGAGGCCCAAAAAGAGUGGCAUUGUUGACAAUCAGUAUGAACGAUUUCGGUUAGUUUACGUCGUAAUAAAUUAG